GCCAGUAGGCGCGCUACACGAACAAGUGCUGAAGGGAAUAACUGAACAAUAAGCAGAGCCACUAUUUGUAGUUUAACUCACCGGUGAAGUGGGAGAUAAACACGAUUGCUUCAUCGAGAGAAACCGACAAGGAUGGACUGCUGAUACUUCUUACUCUGUAUAUACCGAAACCAUCAGCUUCAUGAUGUCAGCUGACAGGGAGGUCAGCGCCAACGCCACUGACGACAACAAACUAGUCAGACCAAAGGUAGAGUUCCAGACUUUGCUGCAGCAUGCAGGAGCCACUAAAGAUGUUUUCACCAUGAAGGAGGUGAUGUUCUACCUGGGUCAGUACAUCAUCCAGAAGCAGCUGUACGACCAGAAGCAGCAGCACAUAGUCCACUGCUCCCAGGAUGCACUGGGGCGGGUGCUGGGAGUGGACAGCUUCUCUGUAAAGGAGCCACGAGCUCUGUUUGCUAUGAUCACCAAGAAUCUGGUUGCCGUGAAAAGCCAAGACUCAACACCAACUCAACCACACAGUAACAGUCAGACAGACCGAGGGACAGAGGAGGCAGAUUCAGAAAGCCGCUCUUCAUCGCCAGACAGAAGGAGAACGCGGAGGAGGAGGAGGAGGAGGAGUCGCAGGAACAGCGACCCAGGACCCUCCCACAGAGAAGAGGAUGAUGAGGAUGCGGAGGAUUCAGAGGAAGGAGAGGGUAGGAAGAGGAGGAGGUCUGACAGCUACUCCCUAACCUUUGAUGACAGCCUGUCCUGGUGUGUGAUUGGAGGACUGGGAAGUGGGCGGGACAGACACAGCAGCCAAUCGUCCGACUCACACAGCACGUCUGGUAGGUCAGAGGUCACGGUUGCAGCCUCAGACUCUGACAGUGACAACUUCAGUGUUGAAUUUGAGGUUGAGUCCAUCGCGUCUGACGACUACAAUGAAGAUGAUGCCUCUCUGUCCGCAGACGACCAGGUAUACGAGGUCACCAUCUUUCAGGCGGAGGAUGAGGACUCGUUUGAUGAAGACACGGAGAUCACUGAAGCUGACUACUGGCGGUGUGCCAAGUGUGACGAGCUGAACCCCCCUCUCCCCAGAAACUGCCUCCGCUGCUGGACGCUGCGCCAUGAUUGGCUGCCUGAGGAUAUAAGAAAAUCGGCUUCCUCCAGUCCCAAACCCCUGCCCCCAAAACCAGCCGACCAGUCAGCAGCCAAAGAAGCUCCAGGUUUGGAUGUCGAGGAGAACGAAGGACUCGAUGUUCCAGAUGGGAAAAGGGCGAAAACUCCCACCCUGUCACAGUGUCUGUCUGACUCCACGCUCUCCGUUCUGGACUCCACCUCCUCGUCUUCCAACUCCCAGGAUCUCCUCUCAUCCUCCCAGCCUUCCUCCUCCUCCUCCUCCUCUCAGCAGAAUCUCUGGACUUCUGACUCCCAGCCCUCCUCCUCCAUCAACUCCCAGGAGCUUUUCCCUACUUCCCCUGCCGAUCCACCUCCGCCUCCACCUCCUCCUCACCCUACCGCGGUCCCCGAGCUGGAGCGCAGCGUGUCGGCAGAGUGGCGGCUGCCGGACUCGUGCCUGGACCCCUGUCUCAUCUGUCAGUCCCGGCCCAAGAACGGCUGCAUCGUCCACGGACGAACCGGACACCUGAUGUCCUGCUAUGUCUGCGCCAGGAAGCUGAAGAAGAGGAACAAGCUGUGUCCGGUGUGCAGGCUGCCAAUCCAGUCUGUCAUCUUCACCUACCUCAGCUGAAACACCCAGUCUGUCUCCACCCUCCGUCGGUCAUCACCUACCUCAACUCGAUACCCCUUUCAUACAGCAGAUACAUGUAUGAUGAAGGUCUUCUCGACAAAAUCCAACCCUAGUUGGCCCCAUUCAUGUGAGAAAGCUGUCACAGGUUCAUCUCUGGUGAGACCUCAGUUCACAGUUUAGUUCGUCAUUCUUCACAAUUACCACAGAAUUAUAUUGAAUAAUUACCAAAUAAAAGUUCACUUUCAUGUUUUAGUUCCACCUUUCUGCCUCUGUCAGGCACAUGUCCGCACUUUAACUUAAUUAUCUUAUUUUCUUAAUUCAUCGUUUCUAUUAAUGUCCAAAAAUGCUGGGUAUCAGAGCACAAGGUGAUGUAUUCAAAUAGCUUGUUUGGUCAAAACAACAAUACUAAUCCCAAAGAGAUUCAGUUUCUAUGAAUCUUAUGUUGACGUGGAAUGGAAAAGCAGCAGAAUGUUGCAUCUGAUAAGCUGCAGCUUGUCGGCUACUAAAUGUUCAGCAUUUUAGCUUUAUAAUAAUAAUUGUAGCGAAACAGGAUGAAAUAGUGCGUAUGUUUGGGACUAUUUUCAGCAGUGGAUUAAUCCACUGAAUAUUUGUAGCAGCAGGACGGUUUCUGUGGGGUUCUGUCACAAUAAACUACAGCGAGUGUGAUCACGGUAAUGAAGGAACACGUCAGCCAGAGCAACCCUGUGGCUCGCUGAUGUGUUUAUAAUAGAUUUUGGAUAACAAUGGAGCUCUAUGGCUCGCAGGAGGAAGAUCUGGCUGUGAUAUGCACACAAUACAUGUUAGAUACAUUCAGUGGGGGCUGGAGUCUUUUUCAUGGGAUUUGUUGAGUUAAAAAAAUACAGAAGAUCAGCUUGAGAUACAUAGAAAAUACUUGUUCGUAGGUCAGGUCAGUUGUGGUUUUGGUCUUUUAAUGGGUAUGUUGAUUUAAAAAUGUAAAUUAUCAACACAUUUAUCCCUUAAAUACUCCCAAAACUUCAAAGUCAUUCGAUUGUUUUCAUUCCAAAACAGACAAUGUAUCUGUCCUGAUCUGUUUCACCUCCCUCUGAACUUGCUCACACAUAACAAAAGGAACACUUCCUGUUUUCCAUCUUACCCAGAGUCAGAUGAGAUGAUCAGUAUCUGUUUCAUCUGUCUGUGUCCAGCACAAGAGAUGCUCAGUAUACUGACUGGAAGCAGAGGGAAGCUGCUAGCCAAGUGAGCAAAGGCACCUUCCAAAAGCUGGUUUACACGUCAUCUCAGCUGAAUUUGGGUAAAAAUCCCCAAAAUGUCGGACUGUUCUUUUUAAAUCUUGUCCCAUCAUCCGUAAAGCUGUACGUGGUGACUUUUUAUUUUACGGGUCUGUAAUUUCUUAAGAUAUUUCUUGGAAAGAAUUCUGGAAUUUGAUACGAAUUGUUGGGAAAAACAGGAAUUUUCUUUCAGGGAAAAGUUAUGUUUAAAUCCAAGUAAAUGUUCAUUUGUUGAACAUUUUUCCAAAGUCUCAGCUGACCUGCUGUUAUCUGACUAAAAGUCCUGCUAGUUUACACUAGCAAUUCAUUUGAAGUAUUUAUUUCUAAGCAGUCCAAUUGAACACUUAUUUUCUCUAUAAUGAGAACAAAUUGCACAGUUCUUUCCAGGAGACUUUGUGUAAAUAAUAAGAAAAUUAUUUAAGAAUUAUGGACCUGUGAAAUAAAACUUUACACUUUACUUUACAGGUUGUAAUUUCCCAAUCCUCUACUGAGGGUUUGUGGAAAAUUGUAAUUUGUUAGUAAUUAAAGCAAAAAGAGGAAGAAAAAUAUUUUAAUUUAUGUGCUGACUAAAAGAAUCGCAGGUUAAACUAGUGAUCAGUUGUAACAUCACUCAUUGAACACUGUCUCUCUUUCCCUUAUCAAUAAUACCGAAUGACAUCGUUCUUUCCAGAAAACUUCCAAGGAAAUUAGUAGGAAAUUGCAGCCCAUAAACUGUGGGCUUAAGUGUUACCUAACAUCCUUAUUAUUUAUUGUGAGUUUAUUUAAGAUGCUCAAGUUUAUUUAAGCAGACACUUUUGUACGAGCUCUUGAAAUAAUAAGAUGAAUUUAUGAGAUCUCAAAUUUCUGAUAUUUUCUGUUAAGAGUUUUCUGUGAACUGAAUAAAGUUUAACUUCU